CAUCAGCGUGUGGUACGCUGGAGCCGCCAUCAGGGACAAGAAGAGGCUGCAGCGUGUUGUACGCUCUGCUGAGAAGGUCAUGGACACAGUCUCUUUGACUCCAGUCACCUGACCCUGUGCUGAAGCGAUCAGCAACAAACUACCGUGUUCUGUCUUCCUCAUGUCACACUGCAACCCAAACAAAAGCCUUUCACAAACCUGGAAGCCUACAACUGUUUUAUUUCAGGUUAGUAAGUCAACAUUUAGGAUUAUGCAGAUAUAAUUUACCCAGCAAUCAGGGUCAGUGAGCCUCUAGUCCAGCAGGUGGCGCUAGCGCACCUUUACGCUGGUCACGGACCACCGGAAGCAGCAGAAACCGGAAGCUGCUAGCAGAGCUAGCUUGUUGUUGUUGUGGUGUGUGAGGAGAAGAUUUGAGGCUCUGCAGUAAAAACGUCUUCACUUCAGUCUCUGGGAGAGUUGAUCAGCUAAAGCGACUAACUGCUGCUGCUGCAGAAAUCUUCUCACCAGGCUGUGGAAACUUUCUUCUCCUCCUCAACAACUUGGUGGAGUUCUUUCCAGAAGCAGAGAAGCUAUUCUGCGGUCUUCGUGACAAUCGGAGCUCCAGAAGCAGGUGAUGGAUUGAAGAGGUUCCCUCUAUCAGACUCGCUCAUCUGAGUUGGUCAUGAUGCAGGAUCGCUGCUCGCUCUCUCAUCCAUCCUGCUCACACUCUCCGACGGAAAAGGCCCGAAUCUGAAUGUGACUCUGGAGGAAAAAGCGGUUAGCUCUACUCCGUGAACUCUGCUGUUAGCUAAACACGGCUAAAGAAAACCUGCUACCACUUCAGGAUCAUCCAUCAGCAUGGACGCAGAUGUUAAACAGGCGGUGCUGGUUAAAGAAGAAGCUCCUGAUGAGGACCAGCAGCACCCAGAACACCUCCACAUAAAGGAGGAACAGGAGGAACUCUGGACCAGUUUGGAGGGAGAGCAGCUCCAUCUGAAGGAGGAGACUGAUGUUGCCAGGUUUCCAUUCUCUGUAGUUACUGUAAAGAGUGAGGAUGAUGAAGAGAAACCUCUGAUCUCACAGCUUCAUCAGCAGCAACUACAAGACAGAGAUGUUCCAACCAGCAGCUCAGCUGACCAGAUGACAGCAGAAACUGGUGGAGGAGCAGAGAGUAGCAGGAACGCUGAUCUGAACCUUCAUGAACAGACAUCUGAUUCUUCAGAGACUGAAGUUAGUGGAGAUGAUGAAGAGGAUGAUGAUGUGAAUGUAGAAUUUGAGCUGUCAGACUCUGGGUCUGAAACUGCAGACGAAAACUGUGACUGCACUAAGAACAGGCCUUCCGAGUCACAUAUUAGGACUGUCAACAAAUCCUUUAACUGUCCUGAGUGUGGUAAACAUGUGAGAGUGACAGGUCAUUCACCAAAAAUGUCUUCAAGUUGUUUGGUUAAAAAGAAAAGUGUCAGAGUGAAGCAACAUGUAGACUCAUGCAGGAAAUUCCAGAAAGAGCUAAACUCAUUUAGUUGUGAUGACUGUGGAAAACAAUUUAGUGUAAAUUCAAAUUUAAACAGUCACAUGAGGGUCCACACAGGACAGAAGCCUUUUGUCUGUGAGCUUUGUGGUCAGAGAUUUAGACAAAAGUCAAAUUUAAGCAGUCACAUGAUGGUCCACACAGGACAGAAGCCUUUUGUCUGUGAGCUCUGUGGUCAAAGAUUUAUAACAAAGGUUACUUUAAGCAGUCACAUGAGAGUUCACACAGGACAGAAGCCUUUUGCCUGUGAGCUCUGUGGGAAAAGAUUCAGACACAAGGGACAUUUAAAGAGUCACAUGAGAGUCCACACAGGACAGAAGCCUUUCGCCUGUGAGCUCUGUGAACAAAGAUUUAGCCAAAAGUCAAAUUUAAACAGUCACAUGAUGGUCCACACAGGACAGAAGCCUUUUGUCUGUGAGCUCUGUGGAAAAAGAUUUAGCCGUAAAGAAACUUUGAAACUACACAUAAGAGUCCACACAGGAGAGAAACCUUUUGCCUGUGAGCUCUGUGGUCAAAGAUUUAGAAGAAAGAUUUCUUUAAGCAAUCACAUGAGAGUUCACACAGUACAGAAGCCUUUUGCCUGUGAGCUCUGUGGUCAAAGAUUUAGCAAAAGGAUUACUUUAAACAGUCACAUAAUAGUCCACACAGGGCACAAGCCUUUUACCUGUGAGCACUGUAGUCAACGCUUUGGCCGAAAGAAAACUUUAAACAAUCACAUGAGAGUCCACACAGGACAGAAGCCUUUUGCCUGUGAGCACUGUGGUCAAAGAUUUGGCCGAAAGGCAACUUUAGACAAUCACAUAAGAAUCCACACAGGAGAGAAACCUUUUGCCUGUGAGCUCUGCGAGCAAAGAUUUGGCCGUAAGGCAAGUUUAAAUGAUCACAUGAGAGUUCACACAGGACAGAAGCCUUUUGCCUGUGAAUUCUGUGGUCAAAGAUUUAGCCAUAAGGGAACUUUAAAUAGACACAUAAUAGCCCACACACGACAGAAGUCUUUUGCCUGUGAGCGAUGUGGACAAAAAUUUAGUCAUAAGACAUAUUUAAAUAAUCACAUGAAAGUCCACACAGGACACAAUGAACAGGAGCCACAAAGGUGUGGUUCACUGAAAAAACAAUAUUUAUUGAUUAUUUCUGGUAAUAAUUGGUCACAGUUUUUCAUGCAGGGUGAAAAUGGAAAUAACCUCCUACACGUAUCUCCUGCAUUAGCUUCUGAUAAAAAUGUUGAAAAUAGACAGUGAAACUCUAGGAUUUGAAAUUCCCCAGAGAUCUACAUCACGCUGAGUUAGCAUUCACAGACUCACCAAUCUUGACUAAAAACUUUCCUUGUAGUUUGUACAUCCUAGAUACAAAUCUUGCACCCCUGGUUGUUGUCCUUUACCCUGCUACCCACCUAAAUCUGUAAAUUAAUCCCACAGAGAAGUGUAAUUUCUCACAGACUGCGUAAAAUCGAUCAGCUGUUACUCUGUGUGCCGUUUGCUCCCACCGAACUGGGCUAAAGGGCUUUGGUUCACUCUGUUCCUUCUGCAUGGAGCAGGCUGCAGGAAACCUGGAAAUUAACCGAGGUUAUCUCCUUGACUACAUGUAAAACCAGACUAAGAACCCUUGAGAGGAUUCCCUGUGUUGUAACUGCCUUCUGUAAUUUUGUUACUUUGUAACUGUAACUUUUGCUGCCUCUUGGCUAGGACUCCCUUGAAAAUUAGGUUUUUAAUCCCAAAGAGACCUUCCUGGUUAAAUAAAGAGUAAAAUAAAUAAAUAAAUAGAUCAUGGGCCACCUCUUCCUGUCCUGGAAGCCACAUAUUGUUGCCACCAAGCUGUAAAUGUUUCACUAAAUCUGUUUCCAUCAAGAGGCGUCACAGUAUCGUAACACAGUGAUGAGGUGCUGUCCUACGUUUUCACUUUUGGAGUGUUGCAGUGGCGAGAGUUUAGCAUGGCAUCUAUACUAUGCUGUUAAAUAGUUUGUGUAGUGUAGAAAUAAAUGUCUUACCAAUGGUUUGUACUUUUGGAUAAAUAAAAAAUAAAGUUGUAUAAAUUUAA